AUGGCUGACAUCCAUGAUCAGGUGAGGAGAGACUAUCCGGGAACUACCCAUGAGAACAUCACGGUGGCCUCUUAUCCUGAGAUCUCCGUGCGGCUUGCAAACCUGAACAACUGCGUCAAAUUGUCCUCGCAGGCUCGACCACGCUCCGCCUCAAGCAGUACGAAUCAGAAGUCAGCCGAUGGCGACGUGGAUGGUGUCCAGUUGACUCAGCCGGAGCUUGCUUCCACCGCAAUGUCAAAGAGGAUGGAACAUUAA